GGGCUAAAUUGGUUUAGAUCGGAUUUCAUUUCACUCGCGGGCGGAGAGAGAGAGAGGUGAAAGAUGUCGUAUCUGCUACCGCACUUGCACUCGGGAUGGGCGGUGGACCAGGCGAUCCUCGCGGAGGAAGCGCGUCUCGUCGUCAUACGCUUCGGCCACGACUGGGACGAGACCUGCAUGCAGAUGGAUGAAGUGCUAGCAUCUGUUGCCGAGACCCUAAAGAAUUUCGCUGUUAUAUAUCUGGUGGACAUUACGGAGGUGCCAGAUUUCAACACGAUGUACGAGCUGUAUGAUCCCUCGACGAUCAUGUUCUUCUUCAGGAACAAGCACAUCAUGAUUGAUCUUGGAACUGGAAACAACAAUAAGAUCAACUGGGCUCUCAAGGACAAGCAAGAGUUCAUCGAUAUUGUCGAGACUGUCUACCGUGGUGCGAGGAAGGGGCGUGGUCUGGUGAUUGCUCCCAAGGACUACUCCACCAAAUACCGCUACUAAUUGGCUUUUUCGAGCAUGUUCUGUAGCUCGUCGAUGCCAUGUAUAACAUUGCUCACGCAUGCUGUGGCCUAUGAUUGUUGCCUUUAAUUCCAGUUUGCUUUGUGUGAUGCUUGAAAGAUAAUCGAAUGAAACUCAAAAGCCAAUAUGGAAUUUAUGUACAUUGUUACAUCUUCAUCUCUUA